AUCUGUAAAGUAAAUUUAGUCUAAAUGGAGUGAAUAAUGUGAUGGAUUUAAAAAACGGAUAAACACUAGUCACACUUUCAAUUUAAAAAGGACACGUUUCAUUUCGUUAAACGUUAUCUGGAGAAUGGCAUGUUUUACCAAUCCAGCAAUUUCAAGAGAGUCUUUAAAAACUAUUUUAGGUAAUUUUGAGGUCAUUCCAGAACACCAUAGACUAAAAUUAUGGAUGACUGCCAUACUCCAAUUACCGAACAACAAGACCCAGUAUUUGAAGUUAAGAAAAGCAGGACAGAAAUUGGAUUCCAGUGUUAAAUUACUAGAAGAUGACAAAACUGGACAAGAACCAAAAGUUUGCAAUAAAGUACUUAAAAGCUUGUUUGCCCAUUGUUCAUCACUUAGGCAGUUCAAUCACUUUAACUUGGCCGAUUUUGUGGAACCUUUUUCUAGUCUUUUAGUAACUCAUGAAUUAAUAUAUUUUGAGGUGAUGCUAUCUAUCCUUGUGAAUUGGUGUCAACAUUGGUUUGAUCAUAUCCCUUUACCACCUUACACACUCUUAUCAAUGCUGGAUAUUAUAUUCCUAAAAAAUCAUCCUGAACUUUAUAAACAUCUUGCAAAUCUAGGGAUCAGAGCUAUUGAUUAUGCUUGGAGAUGGCUGACUACUUCCUUUAAAACUAUAGUUGAUCCUCAAGAAUGGUUAAUACUUUGGGACCAUAUAUUGGUAAAUGAACCUGAUUUUAUGUAUUAUAUUCCAUUGGCUGCUUGCAAACUCCAAAGUCGGUAUUUAAUGGAGCUAUCAACCCAUAGUGAAAUAAUGGAAUUGCUUCACAGCACAAUACCUCUUGAUGCAAAUUCUUUAUUGAAAGAAGCCUACCAAAUAUGUGAAGCAACACCUGUGGAAUUACAGCUCAAUCAAAUGCAUCGUUUUCACCCAUUGAUUCCUGGUUAUUAUCCAACAUUGACUCCCACUGAUUUGAUCACCUUUCAUUCUACAGAAAAUGGUGACCUGAGCAAUCUUUAUCAAUUUCUUGAGAAAGCUCAAGAAACUGCAGUUGAGGUGGAAAACGUCAUCAAGGAGGGUAUGGCAUUACGAAGAUAUAUAAUGAAUCAACAAGAAAAGCUGUUUAUUCCACCGUAAAUGAACUGACAGCAUGAAAAAAAGAUGCUCAUUUUUAAAUUCAAAGGCCUACUUUAUGUGACUCUGUAUGUAACCAGCGCAAAAGCUGUAAUUUUGUUCAUAUCGAUUAAGCCCAUU